GGAUUAGGGUUUUAUAAGAGCGCUAUCUGCGAGCCUCUCACGACUCCUCCCAAACCCUAGCGCCGGCGCCUCCACUUCCCUGCUCCCUCAUCUCCUCGCGCCAAAGCGGCAGGGCCCGGCGAAAGGGAAGCAAGAUGUACACCGCCAGGAAGAAGAUCCAGAAGGACAAGGGCGUCGAGCCCUCCGAGAUCGAGGAGACCGUCGCGCAGGCUUUGUUCGAUCUGGAGAACGGCAACACCGAGCUCAAGAGCGACCUCAAGGACCUCUACAUCAACACUGCUCUCCAGUUGGACAUCGUUGGGAACAGGAAGGCCGUGGUCAUCCAUGUGCCGUACCGUCUGCGCAAGGCCUUCAAGAAGAUCCAUGUCAGGCUCGUCAGGGAGCUCGAGAAGAAGUUCAGCGGCAAGGAUGUGGUUUUUGUCGCAACAAGAAAAAUUGUGAGGCCCCCGAAGAAGGGUUCCGCUGUUCAGCGCCCUCGCACCAGAACUCUGACAGCUGUCCAUGAUGGUAUCUUGGAGGAUGUUGUGUACCCUGCUGAGAUUGUGGGGAAGCGUAUCAGAUACCGUUUGGAUGGUGCCAAGGUCAUCAAGAUCUACUUGGACCCAAAGGAGCGCAACAACACUGAAUACAAGCUGGAGACCUUCUCUGCAGUCUACCGCAAGCUUUGCGGAAAGGAGGUCGUCUUCGAGUACCCAGUGACCGAAUCGGCUUAAAUAUGCAUGCUUGGAUACCUCCAUUUUCACAUCUUUCAAGUCCAGAUGGUUUGAUUGAAGUAUCUGUUAGUUUGCUAUCAAUGUAUUCCAGAAACCAUAGUUUUGGUAACAACUUGGUGAUUAGGCAGUUCCCUGGAGAAUGGCAAUGAACGUGAACAAUGUUGAAGUUUUGAGCAUUUUAAUUAUAGACCUGUGCACUCCUGUCUUGCA